AUCAUCUCACAAACUACGAGAUCACCAGAAGUACUGGGCUUUAUGAAAGCUUUGAACGUGAACUAUUUGAUCUGGUUAGAACAGGUUUAUGGAAAUACAGCAUGCAGGCGCGUAUUGGUAACAUGGAUGGUAUUUUCAUUGCAUACCAUAAUAUGAGAAGAUUUUUCGGAUUCCAGUAUCUGCCUACAACAGAAAUAGACCAUAUAUUCCAUGGGUACGAUGGUCCUGGAAAGUCGAAACAAAAUUACGAUGAUGUGGUCAACGAUUUUGGUAAUCAUUGGCAAACAAAAAGAGAAGCUUUGUCCUCUUUCAUGGCAGAUUUUGAAUUCCGUGUUUCCAUGGAAAUUUGGCAAACCGUUUUAGAUCUUAUUACGAAAGAAACAAACAACAGACCUUUCCGUUUGAUCACAAAAUGCGACAGAAAUUUCCUUGGAACCUAUCUGGAUGUCAUUGCUACGGUUGUGGACGAAGACAUGCUUAAAAAUCUCAGUACUCUUGCCGACGAUAUAGUUACACUCGAUAAGGAGGAUCUGGCCGCCACGCAGAAAGACGAGCUGCCAAUGGAACGCAUCAUCAGAAUGGCAGAGUCAAGAUCGCUUCAUCACAAGCGAAUGCUUUCCCUGAAUAAGGAGAUCUUUGAUUCGUGUAUUGAUGACCAAAGCAAAUGUUUAAUGUUCAGAAUCACGGCGACACAUUAUUUCAAUGGGAAACUCUUCCGUGGCAAAUAUCCUACUCCCCCUAUUGAGAUCUUAGACAAACCUCAAGACAAUACAUGGGAAGUGAAUUAUCACAUUAACCGUAUUUUCAAUCCGCAGAAAAUCAAACAAUGUUACAAUACAUAUGUUUCCGAGGCUGCUUCGAAUUUGCAGGAUCAUCCAGUGAACCGCGAAAACACCGAAAAGGCUUAUAUGGACCAAAAUGCAACUCAUUUGCAGCGUCUUCUCCGUGCCUAUAGUGCCAAAU